GUAUAUAUCCUUCCCGGAUGAUCUUCCUGUUAUCCUCGUUCUUCCCUUCACCAUUAACCAUAUUCUUUCUCCUCAACCCUAUCUCAUCUUCUUGCCUGGGCAAACAAAUCUGGCUUCAACCACAUAACUUGCAUUCCAUUCUCUAUAAAGUCACAAGUCUAGUUCACAUUUAAGUCUCCACUUUCUCAAGAAGGAUGGACGAUUCCAAUUCUCCUCUUCAUCGUGCUUUCAGCUCAUUCUUGACCAACAUGCCCGCCCAGCAGCUUUCAGAGUUGCUUCAGCACGUUCAAGGCAACAAGACUGAUGGAAACACCAGAGUUUCCCAUGAUCAUGAGGCGGCCGGUGAAUCUUCGCAAGCUGUCCUCGACAACGCCAAUGCGUCUGUCGAUCAUCGGGGACGCGCUACUCAGGCCUCAGCUUCGCGUGCAAAGCGAACUCCGGAUGCGAAACGCAGACCACUGAACAGCUUCAUUGCAUUCCGAAGCUUCUACUCAACCAUGUUUCCGGAGAUCACUCAGAAAGCCAAGUCGGGCAUCCUUCGUUUCCUCUGGCAGAAUGAUCCUUUCAAAGCGAAGUGGACUAUCAUCGCCAAAGCCUACUCCAUCGUCCGUGAUACGCAUGAGCAUGAACAUAGUGUCACUUUGGAGACCUUCCUGAACCUCAACUCGGGCAUGAUUGGCAUUCUUCAGCCAGAGCAGUACCUUGAUGUGAUGGGUUGGCAGCUCGUUGUCGAUGAACAGCAUCAGUACACCAUGACCAAGGUGAAGCUACCUUCCACCACUGAAGAACAACUUGUCACCAAUUACUCGGUCGAUGACAUCGUCAGAAACUGCUACGACACUGGCUAUGUUUCUGGCGGAAACCGCAAUGAUGGCGCUGCUAAUAGUCGCAACCCAGCUGUUAUGGCUUUUGCUGCCCAGCCAAACUUGGUUGUGCACGAUGAUAGCAGCAUUCGGAUCAAUGACAGCCACACCAUUAUCACUGGGGACAGUGAUGGAAGCACUUCCACAAAGGCUACUUCUCCAGACAACUCCACCGAACUCUCUUCUCCUGCCUCUAGCGACAUUGUUCCCACCUUCGAGAAAGGCCAGUAUGAGCAUGUCGGAGCAGUUCCUAUUCUUGAUUUGAUGCAAGUACCUCAGAGCCAAACCAACUGCAACGAGUAUCAGCCGGACGAAGCUCUGCUGUCGCUCUGGAAUGAAGAUGGAGCCAUACUUCAGUAUGGUGCAGCAUUUCCUCCUGUGAUACCCAACUUCGAUCCGCUGGUCUACGACGAGUCUUAUGAAACAUUCGAUUUUGAUCGUUUCAUCAUGCUCUGAUGUGGACACUAUAACACCUUGCACGAAAACAAGAUGAGGCAUCUUGAAUGACCGAAAAAGCAAUAGCAGCAUUAAUUUAGGGGAUUCAUUGUUAUCACAACUGCAACUUUGAAGGCGAAG